AUGGCCAGCUUCCAGAUUGCACCGUUCGCUGGACUCUUGGAGAACACCGAGUUUAACUUCCGUAGCUUGUACUUGCACAACGCUUCUUCUGGACCAAACCGAACCAGAGGAGCCAUAAUAAACCAUAAUGCUACCGCUGGGUGGGGCCAUACAUUCAUUGUUGACUGGACAAUAUAUGAUGGCACUGGCCCGGGCGCGAAGCUUGUCGGACGUGCCCAAGGCCAGCAAAUCUAUGCUAGUAAAUGGAGUCAUUCCGUCACCCUUGAGUUCACGAAUGGGAGGUUUAAGGGCUCCACGCUCCAGUUAAUGGGACUCUCAGCGACCUUUGAGCAACCAAGUGAGUGGUCUAUUACUGGCGGGACAGGUGAUCUUGCGAUGGCGCGUGGUGUAGUCAAGGUGAAAUUCCAUGAGGUGGUAAAGGAUGGAGACACAUGGGAGCUUAGCUUCCAUGGAUUUUGCAGCAUGCAGAGCUUGCCCACUCUCACAAAGGCUGGCCCAUGGGGUGGACAUGGUGGUUCAGGUACGGACUCAGAACAGCCAUGGCGCAUAGAAAGUAUGACCAUCGUCCAUGAGGGGACAAUUGCCAAGUAUUCAUGCACUUACGUUGACCUGUCCGGAAAGAGGCGCACCACGGGUUCUUGGGGUGGUGGUAAUGGUAUCCCCACAAAGGUCCAGCUGGGGCCUCGGGAGAUUUUGAAAGCCGUGUCUGGAACACAUGUCUGCCUUAACAAUGGACAGACUGUUAUUGAGUCACUGAAGUUUGUCACGAACGAAGGAACAUACGGACCAUUUGGACAUACAACCGGUACGCCCUUCAAAGCUAAUGUGCCGGAAGACCAAAGCAUCGUUGGCUUCUUUGGCCGUGCAGACGAUACGCAACUCAUCGCGUUUGGUAUUUACACGGUUUGAAUUCUGUUAGUGCCUGCCCAUGGUGAUGCGCACAAUUUCAGUUUUAGUUCAGCCCAAUACAUUUUUCUUUGUUUAACUCGAUAUGAUCGAUGGAGUGUCCAUCGGGACCUCCAUCUUGCAGUUCUUAACUUGCUCCCCGUAUCUCGGUGCGUGCUUUGUCGUCCGUUAUUAUGU